GAGGCCGAGCGGGGCGCGGCCUUAUUCAGGCGCUAUGUUGUGGAGUUUGGGCGUAUUCCUUCUCACACAGAUAGGUGUAUGUCAAUUCGCUACAGAUCCAACAACCACUGAAAGCAACACGGUGUCUUCCUUGUACGUGCUGAGCACAGGAGUCGUUCCCGCACCGGUCAUGCUGAAACUCGGCAACUCCACAAUAGAUAGUACGAAGUCCUUUAAAGUUCCACAACCAACGUCUGACAUCACAGACUCUGGGAGGACGAUAACGAACCAACCAAAGUUGAUACUUGACAUGGUACCACAUGUAGUAUCAGCUAAGAAUACAUACUUCGACCAUGAUAGAAAAUAUGGACCAAAUUUCGAAGAUACCCCGAAAGGGAAUGUAACUAAAAUUACUGUACAGCUCGGUGAAGAUGCGUAUUUGAAUUGUAGAAUAAGUCUUCUUCAAGAUAAGACGGUAUCAUGGGUGCGUCGUAGAGGUAAAGAAGAAUUGCCAGAACUGCUCACGGUGGGAGCAGUGACGUACGCAGCGGACAAUCGAGUGACAGUCGCUAAGCGAUAUCCUGGCAAUUGGAGACUGCUUAUCAAAGAAGUCAAACCUGAUGACGAGGGAAUAUACGAAUGUCAGAUAUCAACACAUCCGCCUAGAGUCAGCAGAAUCUACUUACAUGUUAAUACUCCACAAGUAUGGGUAGUGGACGAAGCCGGCGCGCCGCUGUCUGAGAAGUAUUACGAAGCGGAGUCGACGCUAGCGCUCGUGUGUCGAGCGAGGCAUGUCGACACACCGGCCGUGCUGACCUGGAUACACGAGGGCAGGGCUCUCAACGCCGACACUACGAGAGGCGGCAUCAGUGUGAAGACAGAACAGGUGUCGGGCGGUGCAGACAGUCUGCUCCGCCUCGCACGUGUUAAUAGUAGCGACGCGGGCAACUACACGUGCGCUGUACGCGGCGCACGGCCGCACACUGUCUCCGUGCACGUGCUUAAUGAAGAAAGCCUCGCUGAACUCCACGCUGGUGCUAAAUCAUUCCAACUACCUUCAAAAUGUGUCACUACUCUAGCGUUAUUUGUAACAUUUCACGAUCCGGUGUUUACGUUAUCGAAAACAGUGAUUUUCAUGAUAAUGUUUCCUCUAUUGUAUACAUUAGAUAUUUUAACUUCAGUAAUAAGAUAUACAGUAUUAGUUCUACCUACGUGA